CGAUUAAAUUAUCAGAGGAUGUGUGGUCUCUGCUGAAUGUAAAUAUAGGCUCUCAGCCUGCUGUUGUGGCAACAGGGGAAAGGUCUGCGCUGAUGUAACAGCUCUGUUUCAGGUUGGCCUCAUGCGGAGGUUUUUGUUGUUAUCCGACACAGGUUGUCUAUUGCAGUGCCGUGAAACACCCACCAUAGUAAGGUGGACUCUCCUCAGUGCACUAAAGGUGCUCUGUGCUUUUACUCUCUGUUGGCAGAGCCGUGGCGGACCAGUUGACCCGCCGCUGUUUGCGGUGCUGUUGGGAAGACACUUAACGUCAGGUCAAAGUUCUAGCGACCUUUUGCUUCUUGAGGCUCGAGUCUCAAGUGACCAGUAAUUGAGUCCUUGUACGGGUCAUUUCAUUUAGAAUUCAGGGAUCAGUGUCAGGUCUUGUUUAGGCCGGUGAGUGGUGCUUUUUGUUGUUGUUGUUGUUUGUUUAUUUUUUUCCGAUUACAGAAGAAGGAUAAUUUUUAAAUGCACAUUAGAUUUUCAUUCUGUUUUAAUCAAUAAACAAUAAAACUAAGCUGGUAAGGAUUUCAGAACAACUUUACUGCUUAAAAUGUUACACAAUGGAUUUGUGGCUACAUUUACCUGCAUACCUAUUUGUUUGAAGAUGUGGUGUAUGUGUGCAGCGACUUUAGUAUAAACCCUGCAAAAAAAAAAACACUGUCAGAUUAGCAUUAACACAGCAAGUUAGACACAAAUGUGUCAUCCAAACCACAUGGUGUACUUGUUAAUUACAUUACAACAGCACAACUGACCCAUCUUUUCUCUUGCUUCCUCCCUCUCUCUCCCCCCCCCCAUCACAGAGGUCCAGGCGGGAGGGUGUGAUCGUUCCCUGAUGAUGUCGAGCAAGCGGAGCCUGCUAGUGCGGCUGGUGCCGUGCCGGUGCCUGCGGGGCGAGGAGGAGGCCGUCACCUCGCUGGACUACUCCCACUGCAGUCUGGAGCACGUGCCCAAGGAGAUCUUCAGCUUCGAGAAGACCCUGGAGGAGCUCUACCUCGACGCCAACCAGAUAGAGGAGCUGCCCAAACAACUGUUCAACUGCCAGUUGCUCUAUCGGCUAAGCAUGCCCGAUAAUGACCUGACCGUGCUGCCCCCGGCGAUCGCCAACCUCACCAACCUCAGGGAGCUGGAUGUCAGCAAGAACAGCAUCCAGGAGUUCCCAGAAAACAUCAAGAACUGCAAAGUCCUGACCAUAGUAGAGGCCAGCGUGAACCCCAUCUCCAAGCUUCCAGAAGGCUUUACCCAACUCCUCAGUCUCACACAACUCUACCUGAAUGAUGCUUUCCUAGAGUUCCUUCCAGCAAGCUUUGGCAGGUUAACCAAACUACAGAUCCUGGAGCUAAGAGAAAACCAGCUGAAGCUGUUGCCAAAAAGCAUGCAUAAACUCACUCAGCUGGAGAGACUUGACUUGGGCAGCAAUGAGUUCACUGAAGUGCCUGAGGUUCUGGAGCAGCUUACUGGAAUCCAAGAGCUGUGGAUGGACGGGAACAGACUGACAUUUUUACCGGGGAUGGUUGGCACCCUGAAGCACCUAGCCUACCUGGACGUGUCCAAGAACAGCAUAGAGAUGGUGGACGAGCAGAUCUCUGGCUGUGAGAAUCUGCAGGAUCUGCUGCUAUCCAACAACGCCCUCACACAGCUGCCUGGCAAUAUAGGCUCCUUGAAGAAGCUGACGACCCUGAAGGUGGAUGAGAACCAGCUCAUGUACCUCCCAGACUCCGUAGGGGGGCUGGCUUUAUUAGAGGAGCUAGAUUGCAGUUUCAACGAGAUUGAGGCUUUGCCUGCCGCGAUUGGGCAGUGUGUGAACCUGCGCACCUUCGCUGCUGACCACAACUUCCUGUCCCAGCUGCCCCCAGAGAUGGGGAACUGGAAGAAGGUCACAGUGCUGUUCAUGCACUCCAACAAGCUGGAGCACCUGCCUGAGGAGAUGGGUGACAUGCUUAAACUCAAGGUCGUCAACCUAAGUGAUAACAAGCUAAAGAACCUGCCCUUCACCUUCACCAAGCUCAACCAGAUGACUGCCAUGUGGCUCUCUGAGAAUCAGGUGAGACCUGCACACUCAAAUGCUUAUUAGGUCUGAGGUGUGCCAGACCACAAGGAUAGGUGUGCCAGACCCCAAGGAUAGGUGUGCCAGUCCAGUCCUUUGCCACCUAGGUAGCCCUCAGGUAUGCUUGUUUGACAUCACUGGUAUCCCUGGGUUGGUGAAAGCUGGCUCAGCAUAGACAGAUAUCUACCCACAGUUGCUUCAGCACGGUGUUACCUACCUUUCCAAGACCACAGUGCUUCACUCUUCCUCACUGCGGUUAACCUGCACGGUUUAUUAGUGUCCCUGUUACUGAGAAGGCACCAGUACGAUCACUGGCUAAGUCAGCUGGCUGGGAUCAGGCUGUAUGAGGGCUCAUAAAUAAAGGCAGCCUGCGCUACGGGACUCAGUGCAGGCUAACAGGCCACAGGGGAUAGGGAAGGGUUCGCUAACGGCUCGUUUGGGAGCCAGUU